GAUGACAGCAGAAUAAUUUCAAAGUCGAAAGUGAGAUCAUUUCUAAUCCAGGAAAUGUCGAAAUGGCGUAUAAAUGUACCAAGACAUUGAAUUAACAAUGUCGGGUAUAUUUCAGGACAAUUGUCAGUGGCUUUCCGUCACAGAAGAAACGCUGUUUCUGCACGACGGACUGAUCAGGGUCACAGAUUUGGUCGAACUUCCUCGUGAUGUAAAUAGUUCCUCAGAGGGUGACAAUGAAGUCGUAACGUUUGAUUUGAAGACACCGAAAGAAUUAAGUGAUAGAUUACUAGCUGUAUGUGGGACACAGAAUAAUGCUUACUCUAGAUUGUUAGAGUAUCGUUUGAAUGCACUGAGGGGCUAUUGGAAUGCGCAAAGGCAGGUGUUGAUCGACGAACAACAAGACAGGGAUAGCUCCACGCAUGAGGAAACAAUAGCCCUGUUGAAGAAGCAGGGUAUUUUCAAAGAUCCAGAACAGGCUUCAUUUUCAACACGAAUCAGCGUUCUUUUAGUAAUUCCACUUUUACAGUCUCAAAGUAGAGUUGAUCCGAAUUUGUGCGGAGUCACAGCAGAACUGCUCUUAAAUUGUCUCAGAGAUUGUGCCCCACUAACUUUGUUUAAGGAACCAGGAGAUUGCUUGAGAGGUCUUGAAAAUCUGCUCUGCACUUGGCUAGGAGAAGACACUAAUGAUGCUGACAAUAAACAGUUGGUUAAAGAUGCUUUUCAGCGUAAAAAUACAGCUGCAGCACUUGUUGCGCUUGCAUGUGCAAGAGGUCACCUAAAGACGUUUAUACACACGGUGCACCUGCUUCAGUCGUUGUCUGACCUGGACAGUUUACCUGUCGUGGACAUCCUCACACGAUUGCUGGAGACUGAGGGUGGCCAGACACAGCCUACAGCCAUCCUUGGCACUAAACAUGUCCUGUGUUGGGGCUUUGAGGACUUACUAGGGGGGGCUGAUAAGGAGGCGACCAAUGGCAACAAGGAUACUAAAGACAGUGAUGUUGGCCGCAGCAUCACUUGUGAUGGUGUGUUUCUGUACACAACUAAUUCACAGGGUAAAGGCUUGGCCAAGAUGGGAACAGGACUUCACGGCUCGCUAAGGGGAUAUGUGUAUGCUAGAAAUGCUGAAUUAGGCCCGGGGAAGGUUGCCUUUGGUAAUGGUGCACUACUAUACAGACCACAGUCUUUUGACCAGGAGGCAAAUCUCACAAACAUGUGUCAGCUCAUCGACAUCAAUACCUUACAGUGUGUGAAGACGAUUCCUAAACCUGAAGAGUGCCUCCAUGAGGGACCACAGACUACUAUAGGAUUUUGUAGUGAUGCCACCUACUUCUACUGGCUAUGGUGUCCUGGCCUCGCCUCUGACAAAAGUGUGAAAGGACUCAACGUGUAUCUAGAUGUCUUCUCACAUCAGUCAGAGGAGGAGAGCAUCAAGCUAUUACAACCUCGAGUGAUUCUGCAAAAGAAGGAUGAAACUAGUGCGAAAUCCAUAAAUGAGACACUGCUGUCCCGAUUACGUCCCUUUAGAGGGAACUCUUCAGCUGCCACUCUUGUAGCACUCACAGGAGGGGAUUCCACACCUGGACGAAAAGAUGAUUCUACGUUGAUGGUGGGUAGCACCUCGUGUGGAGUGUCUAUGAAGAGUUUAGUGAAGGCCCCAGUCUACUGUGAUGGAAGUACGUUGGUAGUGCUCACGCCCAUGUCUGGAACAGGUGGUAACAGCUCUGCCUCCCGCUCUCUGUUUGGUACUGGAGGCAAUCUCUCAGGAUUUAGGUUGUUGGCGAGUAACAUGUGUUUCAACGUGAAGGAUGGUCAGUUUAACACAAGGAUAGACCUGAGUGAUGCUCCGACCUGUUCCCUUGGAAGAGGUGCUCCCUUGGCUGGUCUUGGUCUUUGUUUUGAUGUAACCAACAACUCUAUAUGGAUGUCCAGUAAUGAUUGGGUUGAUCAAUUCUACAACCACGGCCACCAGGCACCUCACCACAUCAACCGCCGUCUCAAAAUAUCUCCACCUGGUCCCCUCCAGUCAGACGGAAACAACAUAGAGACAGAGGUAGUAAUCAAACACAUCCUGCACCACGUAGGGAGUAUGUGUCUUCAUCAAAUCAACAACGACCUGCUCCACACUCCACUCGGCUCAUACAUCCUCCAGCAGCACCCUGCUGAUCUAACACACAUGACUCGUAUCUGUCACAUCCUACAGCGCUCCAUAGAGAGAAAAGAUAGCCAGGUCGUCAUCUGUACUCUCAUCAUACUACAGUUAAUAUUCAAGAUCAGCAUGUUCAAGAGGGAGAGAGAAGGAGAGGUACAGCUACUACAGAAAGCCAGCUCUUUAGUGUGGCACCUAUUGACAGACUACCCACAUUUAUGUCCGGACGACCCAAGACUGACUGCUGUCCAGAACGAGGCAUGUCAAGUCUUAACUUCCGGACUACAUGUCCUCUACCCGGAACCUGAUGACAAAAACAAGCUCCUCUUCCAGCUUCUGUCAGAUGGUGGUCAAAACCAGUCACUGGAAAAGUUGAGGAAUAUGAUCCUGAUUGACCUAUCAGAAAAGCUUCGUGCCCAGUCUCUGUCACGGGACGAGAUGAAGUAUGUCCGACUGAAGGAUGACCUUGUCAACUACAUCCUGAAGACAGCGGUCAAGGAAUCAUGUGUGCUGUUACAGGACUCGCUGACGCUGGACAAAGCCCAGUUUGAGGUCCUCCAAGCCUCUGUCCCACAUGCUUCGUCCUGCCUACGUUUUAUGAUGGCACUGCAGUCACACCUUCUUCGUGAAGUGGUUCUCCUGAAAUCUCCAGAUAACGGAGAGGAGAGUCAGGCGGAGUACGAGGCAGAACUCAGGGAGUUGCAGAUGAUGAUAAUUACACUGGCAUCUAACAUUUUUGAUGGAUCGUGUCAGGUGUUGGAGGUGCUGCUUGACACCUGUAACUCCAUCAUCACGCAGUACAAAGAUGACUUGGAGUGUCGGCUUCAGGGAUUGGAACGUAUCUCCAAGGCAACUAUCCUCGGACACCUCCUGCCUGUCCUCUUAACCACGAUGACACACUCUAAUCUACGUUGGCUGUCCCUGGCUGACACACUCAUGCCCAAACUUGUUCACCUGGUUGUACUGACCAGCCAGGCGGCCUUACUGCUGAAAAGUCAGGUCCAGGCUGUCAUACAAGAGGAGAUGGAUAUGGAUUCAGAUAUGGAAGUCAUCGAUCUGAUUGGUCAGCCUAUCAAUAUCAUUGUAAAUGAGCUGAAAGACAAGGAAGAGCAGGGUUUUCUGGCCGGCCUUAAGAUCCCUGCUCCCUGGGCGUCAGGCAAGGCUCUGGAGAGUAUCCACCCUGUCCGGGACAACUACAAGUUUAAAGAGACUGUCCAUAUCCCUGGGGCUCGCUGUCUCUAUUUGAGGUUUGACCCACGAUGCUCAUCGCAAUAUGAUUACGACAAGCUUGUACUGUAUGCUGGAUCAACCACCAGUGCUAAAAAGGUGGCCGAGUAUGGAGGAAAUACAUUUGGCUUUGGCAGCAGAAGUGUGCUGGGAUCUGGCUGGCCCAAAGACCUGGUUAAGAUUGACGGUGACAGUGUAACAUUCUCGUUUGAGAUGCGCAGCGGCCGUGAACACAACACUCCAGAUAAAGCUAUGUGGGGAUUCCAUGUUACGGUUCGGGCCCAGGAGUCGACGGAGGAGGUGUCCAAUGGUCUCCCCUUCUUGGCAGACUUGGCCCUCGGCCUGUCUGUACUGGCCUGUACCAUGCUACAGCUGUUAUACCACGGACCAGAGACAUCCCGUGAGGAGGGAAGCUGUGCUCACCUACUCAAAUCCAAGUUCCUACAGAGGUGCGUGUGGCGGUCCCCCUCUGUAAUGACACUGUCCCCCUCCACCUCCCCUCAGGAGGCAGAUACACAGUCCCCUCUCCCCAGGGUCAGACUUCCUUCCGAGGUCCUACAUGGCUUCCGCAAACUCUCCAAGCGUCAGAAGGUGCCACUCAGACAAAGUAUAAGGGAGAUCCUACAGCCAGAGGAGCUAGAGGAGAGGAUUGUGUCAACUGUGAUAAAACAUCUCUCACUGGAGGAUACUGUACACCACCUCAUGUCCGAGGAACGAGAACACUCGGACGAGUUCUCCCUACUCUGUGUAGUGGUGGAGGAAGUGUAUCGCCGAUUCAACACUCUUAUGAGGCAGCUACAGGGUCUGGCUGACCUGGAACAGAGAUGGUACAAUGAGGUACAGGAACAUAAGGCCGACAGCCAGCAGGCUCCUCCAUUCUUCCAUGAUUAUCAUCUACAGGAGGGUAAUAUUAAGGAGCUGAACAUGCUGUGCUUUGUCAAGGAUGUCCUGUUAGAUCCUGCUGAGGUAGAGGAGGCCAUGAAAAUGUUACGGUCCAAAUUUGAUGAAGAUGUAAGAUCAAAUGAGGUCGUCGCCAAAGAGAUGUGUAUGGUACGAACAAAGCACAUUGUAAAGGGUAUUCUAUCCCGACUUGAUCUGUUAUUACAAGUGACCAUUACCCCACACUACAGCGAUAUGAUGACAAGGACUGUGUCUCACUACUCAGAACUGCCACAGACAGGUGGUUCCGUUAGGUCGGAUACUGACAUGGCACAGCCAGUCCAUGUGUUAUCAAGGAGUAUGUCCGCUCCCACUGGUGUAGAGAGUAUUUAUGAUGAAUUUGUACUCGACAUUCUUAAGAUACGCAGCAGAAAGCGCCAUGGCCAGAGAAAAGGUCCAGCAUCCGUACUGCAGGAACUUGUGGAGGAUGAUAACAAGGACAUCCCACCACAUGUGGUACUAGUGGAUCAACUCUUCUCUUUUAUAGGCAGUGACCCAGAGAAGGCUAUUUCCAGUAAGGACUUCCUGUCGGCAGCACAGACACGCUGGCGCCGAGGGAACACACGUAAACAGGCACUUGUUCAUAUGAAGGAGUUACUGACAGCUGCAUCACGUGUAGGAGGGGCCACACACCUUGUGGCCGCUGUCACAGCUGUUUUACAACACGGACCAUGUGUUGAAGAGCUGACCUGUGGCGGGAUGGUGAAUCAGGUGAGAGAAGCCUUUGCGGAGACCAUGACGUCUGUGGUACAGUUGGCCGCACGCUAUCCUAUAGCCUGCUGUAACAGUAUCGGACUGCUCUGUAUCAUACCCUACACCAGGGCAGAGGAGAAGUGUCUGGUGCGAUCUGGGUUGGUCCAUCUGUUAGACAAACUGUGUAGCUUAGCCAAUCAUAGGACAGAUAGCUCCAACACAGAGACUCAAUCAACCAAUCAGAAAGUGUCUGCCAUGGCAUGGGCAGGCUUUCAGGUCCUUGCCAACCGCUGUGUCAUGUGGGAAACAGAGGAUGGUUUACACCUAGAGCAGUUGGAACACUCGGGUCUAGCUCGCCAGGUAUCUGUGUUGCUCACCAACCACCUAGCCCGUGCCACGGAAUGUAUUGGCAAUGAGGCUGCAGGAACAGAGGCCCUACAGGACGUGCUCAGUCUCCUCAACAACCUGUCUCGUAGUCGGAUGGGACGAGCAAUCCUCAGUCAGCCAGCAUGUGUCUCCAAACUCCUCUCCUUGCUGCUUGACCAGAGACCGUCACCGAAGCUAGUGCUAAUCAUACUACAGCUGUGCCGUGUGGCAUUACCUCUGAUGAGUACACUGGACUGUGAGACAGUAGAACUGCCGGCCUGGGGUCAACAUCUCUACUCCAGCCACUGGAGCACAGCCAAAUCCAUCUCAGAUCCUCCAGCUAAGAUUGUCAGCCUCCUGCUGGCCAAACUCGGAGACUUUCUUGUCCCAGGUGACCAUGCGACUAUCUGUAGUCGACGCCCAUCCACAGACAACCUCCAUCGCGGAGCAUCUAAUGGGGGACUGGACAAGGACAAAGUGGAGGACAGUGAUAUACAGGCUGGUAGACUGUCAGUAUUUAUACACAAACGAGAGGACCAACUGUCUCACGAGGUCAUACAGCCUCUUCUUAGCUCGGACAAUCGUCCAUUCAGAAUAGGGGGCACUGCCAACAUGGAGAGGGUCGUACGAAUGGACAGAGAAAUGACAAAGUAUGGAAAGGCAGAGGUGACUACAGAAGAUGCUGGUAGUGCCUUGAAGAAGGCAGCCAAGUGGGCCCAGAUGGGGCUGGUCGUGUCAACGGGGCCCCCCAUAGAUACACAGCAGCCAGAACCACCCACAGGGGACAAGAAAAAGACAGCCUUCGAAGUUGUGUGUAGGGAGAGGAACUCUGAACUAGCAAGAACUGAUCCGGUAAGACCAUUUAUCAGUGGACAUGUUGCCAACAGUAUGGCUGCAGAAGUGAUAGCUCUCCUACACGGUUUACUGACCGCCCCUGAGACUAACACAGCCCAGUCCUGGGCCGAGGCCGUACAAAGGGUGUUGAACAACUCACUGACAUGCCUGCCUCUACUGUAUUCUGGACUGGAUGCCCUCAGCUCCCCCCGGACCAGUUGUAAACAGCUUAUGUCUAUGGCUAAACUGGCCAAUGCUGCGCUGUGUGCACUUGGUGGUUUCAAGGAGAUAAUAAAACCAGGCUGUAAUGCCAAGGUGGUCGGAGCAGGUAUCCACAACACUACAGGCACUGUACUGAGUGUGUCAGAACAGACUGGUAUGGCCACCCUACAGCUGGACACAGACUCUAACCUCAUGUAUACACCUCGCUACAGCGACACCAUACAGGUCCCUGUCACACGACUACAGCCAAUCAGAAAUGAGAUCUACACUUCCCAUCAAGUUCCUGUAACAGAAGCAGUUGUCAUGGCAAUCAAAGCCAUUUUACUGCCACAGGACGACAACCAAUCCCUGAUGCAGCAGUCACUGCCCAUCAAUGGAGAUGGAAAUAGCCUGAACAAUGAGACAUGUCGUGUGGUGGCCGAGCUACAGACACGGGCAUGUAUGGUGCUGGCUUCCUACCUACAAGACAUUGACUUCACAAAGGAGUUUAUACAACACUGUGGCUCUACCAUAGAUGUGCUGAAGUCUCUAGCCAAGGACUGUAGUACAGGUGAUCGACUUCCUGUGAUAGAGUCCCACUGUACACGUUUGAGGCUCCUUUACCGCGACUGUGCCAAACCUCCACCACCACCAAGUAAGGUGGACACUAGAACUAACAAAGAAAUGAUGUGGGAUGCAGUGAGGACCUACCCUCCUGUCCGAGCAUGUGUCUUUUCCUCUGGGAUGACUGGUAUCACCUUCCUGGGCGACCCUAACACAGGCAGUGGACUACCAAGGGGCACACUGCUGUAUGCUAAUCUGCCCAUCCCCCUGCAGGCACCAGCCUUUUACUGGGAGUUGGAGGUAUGUUCCUUUGGUGACAGCCAGGAGGAAGGAGGGGCUAUUAUAUCAUUUGGAUUCGCUCCCUCUGCAGAGAAGAAGGAUGGUGCAUGGACAAAUCCUGUUGGUACCUGUCUCUGUCUCAAUAACGGUAAGGCUGUACACUACAAUGGUGCUAGUCUACUUCAAUGGAGGAGUGUUCGACUGGAUGUUUUCCUCAAUGCCGGAGACAUUGCAGGAAUUGGCUGGGAGAGAACUGGUGAUGCUCCUGCCCAUGGGCAGACUCCCCGGGGACGAGUUUACUUCACACACAAUGGUCAACGUCUGACUGCCUUCAUGGACGACGUGUCUGGGGCUAUGUAUCCUGUUGUACAUAUACAGAAGAAGAAUACCAGAAUUCGUGCCAAUUUUGGAGCGCGACCAUUUGCUUUCGCUGAGGGCCAACAGCACAGGGAUGCUGCUGAUGCUGCUGAUGAUUUAACAAGAGAGAUGAGGGAAAGCUUUGGACAUCUGCCAUUCCACUCUGCUUCUGACAGUGAGAGUGAUAGCAGUCUCCCCAACACUCCUGAAGCCACUACGGCAGAGGUGGUUAAAUCACCGACCGGCCCACCUUCCAAGACGGCUGUCAUACCUAAACCUCAGAAAGAGUAUGAGCCCGAAGGUUGUCUGCAGUACAAGUUAUUUAGUAGCUAUGACACCUUUGUGACGACGGGUCCAGACCAGCGAGCUAACCCCGCCCCCCAGGAUGAUGAGUCAGAUGACGAUGUUGUGGAGGAUGAUCAGGGGUCUGAGGAUCACUAUGCUCUCCUUGUCAAGGCCUGGGAACAGAAAGUUUUCCCUGUCAUACGACGACGCUUCAGAAAUGAGGCUGAACGCAAAGAUGGAUUGGAACAAAUCAGAGGAGCUCUACAGUUAGGUAUGACUGACAUAGCACGACAGACUGUGGAGUUUCUGUAUGAGGAGAACGGUGGGAUCCCACGGGACCUACACUUGCCGACAAUUGACGACAUCAAGGAAGACUUGGCUAAGUUCACCAUAGAGCGAGUUAAGAAGGGGACUGCCGUAGUGAUUAGAAACACUGCAGAAACAAGUACAGCUGGAACCACUGUCCUUCCAAAGUUCGCCGUGAGGAGUAUGUUGAGAACAUUUGGCCUCACCGGUACUGUGCUGGAUGUAGAUAACUCUAAUGAGCUUGUACAGGUAGAGACAUAUCUGAGGAGUGAGGGAGUACUUGUACGUUUCUGGUAUCCAAUAGACAUGCUAGAGCGCCCCGCCCAGGGGCUGCGUCGCUCCACCAUCACUGGGGGCCAGAUAAUGGACACUAGUAAUGUACACAUCCACAAGGAACUGCUGCGGAGUGAGUCUGUACUGGUACGCAUGUAUUGUAGGACUGCUCUUCUCAAACUCAUUGAUCACUGUAACUCCCCCGCCAUGGAACUUGGGUCCUGUUCAGCCAGUCUAGGGUCGGGAAUGGCAGCGAGUGCUGCUCUGUUACAGCAGCUGGACAUUGAGAAUCUCCAGCUACUGUCCAAUGAACUGCUGUGUCCUCCCCAACCCCACGGUACUAUCAAGGCCUCCUCCCUCACCAUGGCAUCCUCACUCCAACAGUGUCUCUCCAGUCAGUCAUGCCUGCUUACUCGCCUUCUCUACCGAGACGAAGAUAAACUCAAGCGUGAGCUUGCUGUGGCCAUUGCUCGGGCAGCCAAUCAGGGUGAAGAUUAUCUCAUAGAACUUACCAAUCAGCUCUGCUUGUGCUUACAGACAUCCCCAGAAAUGUUCCCAUAUGAAGAAUACACUGUCAGUGAGGCCAAGGUCAACACUGAUAUCGACUUUCCUGGGGCGGCUUGUCUGGUAGUGUCUUGUAAGACUGAUCUCAAAGCUACAAAGAAGGAUACGUCUCUAUACAAAUCUCCCUGGGCGAGAGUGUUUUCCUACACGGGUCAUCGGGUCAAGAAAACAGGUCAGGCCACCAAACAGGAAGUGGUCAGUUACCCAAGAGACACAUCGUCCACCAGCAAUCAAAACGAACAAUACACACCAGCUAUUGUGCCAUGUGACCAUAUACAUCUGAGAGUAGGAGUUUCCCCACCCCCAGGGGUACUGCUUACAAUCCAUGCCCUGCCCCCACAGUUCCUGCUGGCAGUGGCCUACAUAGAGACCCUGAUAUCAGACCGGUAUGGUUGUGGGACUCAGAGUUGUGGGGCACAAGACAGUGAGUCGCCUGAGGUUAGUAACAAAUCUCUGGCAGGCAAGGAUAUGCAUGAGAGUAUGUGGAGUGUGGACAAUAUUGUGAUAACUCCCACAGUGUUCAGGCAUAUCAUAGAGCUUGUGUGUCGCCACCUGUGGACAAGUAACAUCCCAGCACUGAUCAAGGAGUACAUGUUCCACUUACUGGCUCAGUCUCUUCGUAUCCUUCACUACAGUGAGGGCACCAAUGGAUGCUUCCUCCCCACACCCCACCCUCACCUCAACCCUACUCAAGGGGUACUGGUUCAGCUUCAGGCAGAGCUUCAGCGAUUGUACGAGGAGGAGACUAAAGGCUGGCCUUCUGCCACACACUCCAGUGGGCAGGGCAUUGGCAUUGGUGUCAGUGAUAAAGGUCGCUUCUCGACUUACUUUCAGGGUUUAUUAGAGGUCAAUCUUGCCAUAGCAGAGGUUAAACACAAAGACAAUCCAAGGUCAGCAUUUGGUCCCUCAUCAUCAUCAACAGAGGCUGGAGCAUCUAGCUCACUGCAUUCUCUAGGUAGUCCUACUUCAUCAGCCAAGAAGAAGAAGUUGAAGGCCAAGCGAGAUAAGGAGCGAGGAGGUGCAGUGCCAAAGAGGACAGGAGGAAGUCCUCGGGUUAGUGAAAGUGACAUUUCGACACCAAGUACCAGUGGAUCCUCUCUGUCUACUACCGAGUCCUCUUCCUCCACUAGUACUGCUUCUGUCACACCCAGUACCAGUGGAGGAAGUCAGUCGGUCAACAAACCAGAGGACAUGUUGUGGUUCCAUCGUGCUCUGACUGUCUCUCAGAUCCUCCGUUGUCUUGCCUUCAGGGAAAAUCAUGGUGAGGGUGCCCUGGCUGCGGCAGUGUCUGAUGCUGCCCAGGUCCUGAAUUCUCCUUCUGCCCACAACCGUCUCCUAGUCAUCACUGGCAUCAAUAGUGAGGUGGAUUCUGAGGUUAUCAAAUGUGCUAUACGCCGGGCAAGUAAACCCAGUGGAGGUAUUUAUAAGGAUGAAAUUUUCUUACCUAAAGGACGUCCUGGUAGGAAGAUUUCUGAUGCUGAGUCUCUACCUGGUGCAAGUGAUUCCUCCAACCAGACAAAGGAGGAAGAUAAGACAGAAAAGGCAGAGACUUCAGUAAAAGAGGGAAGCAAUAUAAAAACUGACCAGGUACGAGGGUAUGCGGUAAUUAGUGUAUUGUCUCGAGCAAAGGUGGAGGUGGUCCAGAAGGCCCUACUUAAGUGCAAGUCUCUGGUAGUGGCUACACUUCCAGACCAGGAGGAUGUACAAGAUAUACCUGAAGAGAUUCUAUCAGUAGACACUGUGAAUGCCUCCCUCCUGGCUGAGCGGGAUGGCAACGACGCCUUGGAACACUAUCUACAGUAUAUGUUCUUUAACAGUGAGGACCAGAAGGAGAUUUCUGAUGCAGCUACUCUCGCUCUGAUAGAGAUCUUCCACAGUUGUUUUAUCAUGGAACAAAAACAUGGUACUGGGGAUACAAACAAGAGUCUGGCUUUCAUCUGUCUUGGCAAAGACCAGAUUUUACAGAAUAUGCCUGAGAACCUACUCUGUGUCUUCUUUAAUCACAUCAAACCACCAAAGAAAUCCCUUCCUGAACAGGUGAUGCAGGUGCUACGUCGCUAUGGCAUGAUGAAAUCUCCGGACAAAGAAAUGUCUCCUGACAAGAAUGGAAAAGGAAAGUCAGCCAAGAAAUCUCCUCGCUCUUCAAAAGAGAAGCUGGUGAUGGGGGUUGUUGAAAAGCCAAGUCACCACAAGGACAGAAAAAGUAAGGGGAAAGAUGGGCCAGAGAAAUCUGCUAAGGAUGCGGGGUCAUCAGACUCGGCUGCCAGGGGUAGCAAGCCAUGGUUACAUGACGACUCUAAGUAUCUGACAUUAGACGGCUUCCUCCAGUACGUCCUAGAGAUAGCCAAACAGGAUGUCCGAGCUGUCUGGAGGGCAUUCUUGUCUUGUGGAUUUGAUCUCAACUUUGAAAGGUGUGCCUGCCUAGAUACUAGCCAGGCCCAGCAGAUGGCCUCUCAGUGGUCACUAGACAUGGAUGCGUCCCUGGUGCAGUACAUCAACGCCUUCUGUAGGAAACUCUCGGUAGCACCCUCUCGUCUACAUCCUCACGAAGUACAGUUAUCAGAGUCUGAUCUCAGUAGUGGCAUGUAUAGCUGUCUCCAAGGCGUUCCAGUAGAGAGUAUUCGACUCAGGUUUGCUCUACUACAGUCCCUAAACAACACUCUGGAGACCUUCUUCCUUCCCUUGGUUGACCUCCGACCUGCUAACACCUGUAACCGCAGUACUGCUGCUCUCCUCUCCAAGGUCAGACACCUCAUAUUCUAUGACUCCAAGGUCAACCUGAUAAACCGCGUCCUAAAUGCCACAACACAAAGGAAGCCUGAUCAGGCGGCACCAGAAAUUGUACUGGACCCCCUGGAAACAUUCAGUGGCGAGGAGAAGACAUCUCUGUCUACAUGGCUGUGUCAGGCCUUCAGACAACUAUCCUCUGUACCAUCUAGUCAGUUCUGUGUAAGGCUGGCCUGCGGGGGAGAUCCCACCUAUUCCUUCAAUGUGAGGCUCACCGGGGAGGAGGUACAUGGAACAAGUGGGUCGUUCCGUCAGUUCCUGUCUCAGGUAGCAAAAGAAUUACAAGGCUCACUGGUCCGGAUGCUGGUGCCAUGUAGUAGCAGUAACAACAUGGGCAAACAUAUCCUUAAACCUGGCCCUAUGACAUUCCCAGAGGAGCGCCUUCUACAGUUCUUCGGACAGUUACUUGGGAUCACAAUGAGGGCUGACAUCCCCCUAGGAAUGGACCUACUGAGUUGUUUCUGGAAGGUAUUGGUGGGAGUAAACCUUGAUCCAGUCACUGACCUCCAAGAAGCUGACCAAAUAACCUACAACUAUGUCAAGAAAAUAGAAAUGUGCGAGUCUGAAUCUGAACUCCAGACCUUGUGUGCAGAUGUCUACCCAAGGUUUGUGUUCAACUCUCUGACAGGAGAUGAGGUGGAGCUGGUGUCCAGGGGUAACAAUAUCAUUGUAUGCUGGGAGAACAGACAGGAGUACUUGGAUGCUAUCCGAUGCCUGAGGAUGCAGGAGCUACAGUGUGAUGAGAGAGUGCUUGCCCUCCACUGUGGUCUGGCCUCACUCAUCCCUAUACAGUUGGUUGCCCUCCUGUCUCCCCUCGAUAUGGAGAUUCGUACCUGUGGAAUGCCAGCUGUCGACCUCGACUUCCUCAAGGCUCACACGAUGUACCAGGUUGGACUCAUGGAGACAGACACCCAUAUAGAGUACUUUUGGAACACCCUGGAGGGUCUUAGUCCUGACGACCUGUGUCGCUUCAUCAAGUUUGCAUGCAACCAGGAAAGGAUUCCCCAGACAUGUCCCUGUAAAGAGGGUGGAGCCGACUCCACACAUGUACCUCCAUAUCCUAUGAAGAUUGCUCCUCCAGAUGGAGCAGGUUCACCAGACUCGCGCUACAUACGAGUGGAGACAUGUAUGUUUAUGAUCAAACUACCCCAGUAUUCCUCACAAGAAAUCAUGACACAGAGAUUAUUGUAUGCGAUAAACUGUCGCGAGGACCCACUCAGUGGUUGACCCCCUCCCACCCACACUUAGCUGCUAACAUGUUAUUUAUUGUAUGGUAGAAUGUGCUAUAGAUACCCUGUUUGUAUAGGUGUUUUAUAUAGAGGCGUGUAUAUCUGUUUCCUGAGAAAUGUUGUAAUACAUAUUUUAUGAGAGUAAUUAACAUGAAAUGGAUAAUUUCUGUCGGAGGAGAAAAUGUUGGCAUUCAGUGUUAACCACUGGUAUGUUGAAAGUGAUGAUGAGAAAAUAUUUGUGUAUGUAGGAAGUGAUGACAAGAUCUGUGUAUGAAGAAAGUGAUUACAAGACAGUGUACAUCUUGUACUAACUGGUAUAUGAAAAUUAAAUGUUUGUUAUGUGAUGCAACAUGUGCUGCAGAUUGAAAUGUAUGACUGUGAGAAUAAACUUGACCACUCAAAGUGGAGGCAUUUAAAAGAUGAGUCACGGAGACACAAUGUGUCAUUCUGUUACAGAAUUAUGUGGACAUGUAUGACAAUAGCAUUUUUUCUUACAUUUCUUUUUAUGCUUUAAACUGCUGUUUGUUAUAAAUAUUUUGUUUGUUCUUGCUUUAUUUGACUUUAUUAUUCUAAGACACUGGAAUGUGAACUAUUCCAGACUUUAAAUAUUUAAGAUAUGUAUGUGCAUUUAAAAAUGGAAAAACAUUCAAUCAUAAUUCCUGUUCCCCGAGAUCAAAACAUUUGUACUCUAGAUCACACCUGAAUUUCUGGACUAAUAAAGACUUCUAUCAGAAGAACUGGACCCACUAGUCUGGUUUUCAAAUUGUAAAAAAUGUUAAAACACCACAAUGUGUUAAAACAGUUAUACAAAUUCUUGUUUUAAUCAUUUUCUUGUUUCUUGAAUUGAAAUCCGGCUUUAUUAGUCCUAGAAAUCUGUGAUUAAAUUGAUAUUAAAGUGCAAGAUCUGUAGUGAUACAUUGGUGGAUUACUACCCGUUAUAACCGUUACCGCGACGACUUAUAAUUAAUAUUAAGUAAUAAGGAAGCUUUCUGUUUAUCAAAUAGAAGAUGUACUCCAUUAAAGAAGGCUACAUGUCAGGUGCUGUGAUUGUGAAAAACAUAAAUAUUAAAGGAAAACAUUUGUUUUAAAUAAAACAUGUCCGGUAAUAUUAACAGGAAACGUGAUAUAUUAAUGCUAUUAAUUUGUAAUUUUGUAUUGUUCCUGGUAAAAUCAGUCACAAUAGAUUAUAAUACCUAACUCUUGGGAUUUCACUCUAUAACAACCUGUGUAUAAACACUUGUGAUGAUUACACUCCAUAACAGCCGUGUAAUAACACUUGUGAUGAUUACACUCUAUAACAGCCGUGUAAUAACACUUGUGAGGAUUACACUCCAUAACAGCCCGUGUAAUAACACUUGUGAUGAUUACACUCCAUAACAGCCCGUGUAAUAACACUUGUGAUGAUUACACUCCAUAACAGCCCGUGUAAUAACACUUGUGAUGAUUACACUCCAUAACAAUCCGUGUAAUAACACUUGUGAGGAUUACACUCCAUAACAGCCCGUGUAAUAACACUUGUGAUGAUUACACUCCAUAACAGCCCGUGUAAUAACACUUGUGAUGAUUACACUCCAUAACAGUCUGUGUAAUAACACUUGUGAGGAUUACACUCCAUAACAGCCUGUGUAUUAACACUUGUCACGAUUACACUCCAUAACAGCCCGUGUAAUAACACUUGUGAUGAUUACACUCCAUAACAGCCUGUGUAUUAACACUUGUGAUGAUUACACUCCAUAACAGCCAUGUAUUAACACUUGUGAUGAUUACACUCCAUAACAGCCCGUGUAUAACACUUGUGAUGAUUACACUCCAUAACAGCCCGUGUAUUAACACUUGUGAUGAUUACACUCCAUAACAGCCUGUGUAUUACACUUGUGAUGAUUACACUCCAUAACAGCCUGUGUAUUAACACUUGUGAUGAUUACACUCCAUAACAGCCUGUGUAUUAACACUUGUGAUGAUUACACUCCAUAACAGCCCGUGUAUUAACACUUGUGAUGAUUACACUCCAUAACAGCCUGUGUAUUAACACUUGUGAUGAUUACACUCCAUAACAGCCUGUGUAUUACACUUGUGAUGAUUACACUCCAUAACAGCCGUGUAUUACACUUGUGAUGAUUACACUCCAUAACAGCCCGUGUAUAACACUUGUGAGGAUUACACUCCAUAACAGCCUGUGUAUUAACACUUGUCACGAUUACACUCCAUAACAGCCUGUGUAUUAACACUUGUGAUGAUUACACUCCAUAACAGCCGUGUAUUACACUUGUGAUGAUUACACUCCAUAACAGCCCGUGUAUUACACUUGUGAUGAUUACACUCCAUAACAGCCUGUGUAUUACACUUGUGAGGAUUACACUUUUCAUAACAGUCUGUGUAUUACACUUGUGAGGAUUACACUACAUAACAGCCGUGUUUUAAUACUUGUGAUGAUUACACUCCAUAACAGCCCGUGUAUUAACACUUGUGAUGAUUACACUCCAUAACAGCCCGUGUAUUACACUUGUGAUGAUUACACUCCAUAACAGCCCGUGUAUUAACACUUGUGAUGAUUACACUCCAUAACAGCCCGUGUAUUAACACUUGUGAUGAUUACACUCCAUAACAGCCCGUGUAUUAACACUUGUGAUGAUUACACUCCAUAACAGCCUGUGUAUUAACACUUGUGAUGAUUACACUCCAUAACAGUCUGUGUAAUAACACUUGUGAUGAUUACACUCCAUAACAGCCUGUGUAAUAACACUUGUGAGGAUUACACUCCAUAACAGCCUGCACAAAGAUAAUACAUAACGGUGUGGUUUAUGUCAAAAAUGGUGUACCAUAUAUAUGUAUAUGAAUUUAAUCGAAAUAAGAUAUUAAAUUAGGUAUAAGAAUCUUAAACCAAUUGGCCAUAUGGAAUGUAAACAACUUGUUCAAUACUUUCAUAUGCCACUUGUCUAAAGGUUCAUGGCAAAUCAAAUUACUACAUUUGUUAAAUUCCAUGCGACAUAACCACUCGAGUAAAAGCCUCUAUACCCAUAUUAAGUAUGUUUUGUAUAUAUAGUACAAAAAUUACUCGAGUGUUUUACCAACUCAUUAUGAUGUUUAUGUAGUGAGUAAGGACUUUAUUGGGCUAUUAGAAGUCUAUGUAUACAAGACUUAUAAACAAGAUAAAUAUCAUUUUUUCUAAUUCAAUGUUGACAUUACGAGACUCCUGUAUGGGACUGACUGACCAUUACAAUUGGACAUUCUGUUAUAAGAUGAUUAAACCUGGUGUAUUACUAAAAAAUUAGUCCGCUUACUAUUGGGCAAAUAUGUUUAUUAAUGUAUUAUUUAUUAAGUCACAGAAUGUCAUGUGAUCUGACCUCGGCCUGUUCAACUGAAAGGAUAUAUCAACAUAAUUAAACCAUUACCCUGAGUGGGAAGACAUACUUCCUAAACUUUGUGCUAUUUAUAAGGUUUAUUUUGGGCCCAGUGCUGUAGUUUAUUAAUUUGGUUGGCUGAACACAAUAGUAUGUUGUGAUGUGGUUGAUUGAACACAAAGGUAUGUUGUAUUAUAUCAUUAGACGUAUAUUAUGAUUAGUUCUGUGUUCACACAUUAUGGUGUUGUGAAAUAUUAAGAAUUAUACUGAUAUGUUAGAAUUAAUUUAUUUGUAUAAUAAAUUCAGUGAAGGGAGAUCACUCUAUUUAUAUUACAUUAUUUGCAUUAUUAUGAAGUUGUUUGCACUGCCAAGUUGGCAUUGCUGUGGAAGUUAAAAGUAAGAUGGGGUUAGCACUAAGCACCAAUAUUUUAUUUAGACGUUACUGUUAAAAACACCUUUUUUUUUUUUUUAUUGAAUUUGACAAUUGGUGUUAUAAAAAGUAUUUUAUUUGAGUUAUCUCUUCAACUUAUCUUUACAUGACUUCUGAUGUCCUAAUUUAAUGCCCAGAUGAAUUAUGUUCUGUAUACCUUCAAUGCUAAGUAAAUACAGUAUUACAUUGUGAAUACCUCAAAGUGUCUGCAGUGCAUCAUGUUUACAUAAAGAUCUUUGUUAUUUUUUAUUAAGACAUUUUUGACUAGACUCAAAUUUCCUUUUCUUAAAAAACAUGUCAAAGAGCAUACAGAACAUAACUCACAUGGGAUUGCAUUUACAUUUCUUGCUCAUGAUUGCAUUUACAAGCUUUGCAUUUCUAUGAUAUGUAUACACAUAAUUUCACUUCAACAGAUUAUUUUGAUAUUCGGGGAAGCAACCAAAAGUCAGUUGUCUUUACUGAUAUCGGGAGACAGUCUGACAACCCAAAAUCAGUUGUUUUUACCGAUAUCAAGGGAGAUGACUGCAGAUCACUUUUUUUUCAUUGGUAUUAGGGGAGGUUACUAUAGAUCAGUUGUCUUAACUGGUAUUGAGAGAUAACUACUGAUCAGUUUUCUUUCUGAUAUCAGAAGAGGUAACAAUAUAUCAGUUGUCUUUACUGGUAUGAGGGGAGAUAACUACUGAUCAGUAUCUUUCUUAUAUCAGGGGAGGUAACUACAUAUAAGUUUCAUUAUCAGUAUAAAGGGAGGUAACUACAGGUCGAUUUUCUUUCUGAUAUGGGGGGUGUAAGUUUACAGGUCAGUGAACUUUCUGAUAUAAGGGGAGGUAACUAAAUGUCAGCUUCAUUUAUCAGUAUAAGGGGAGGUAGCAACAUUGAAGUUUUCUUUCUGAUACUACAUAUCAGUUUUCUUCAUUGGUAUCGGGAAGUAACUACGGAUCAGUUUUCUUUUCUGAUAUUGGGGAGAUUACUACUGAUCAGUUUUCUUUACCAAUAUCAGGGGAGGUAACUAGACGGUAUUUAAUUUCUGUCUUUUAUACCUGUACUUUAACUCCCAAAUUAUUGUUGUCAUUGUAAUGCAUUGCCAUUAUCAAAAGGUAUUAAAUAUCUUACAACUUG